AUGAGAUUUCGACAGAUGUUUGUAACCAUCAAUAUGUUGAUGGAUCACACUGCUUCUAGUCCUAUCCUUCAUCGACUUGGAAUGGCCAGCCCCACCAGACCAACUGAAUUAGCUGACAAAACAGUGUCUCAAUCAAGUGGUGUGGUCUGGGGAGCUACCACUCAAGCAUACCAUGAUAGUGUGGAAGAGGCAGCCCAAAUGGAAGCAAUGGCAAAAAAUCAUGGUCCCCCAGACUAUCUAAUGUAUCAUGAUAGAAAAAUGCAGCAGGUUGGUAGCCCAUAUACACCAAUGAUGAAUGUGCCUGGUGGAGCUGUAACCGAGGCACCACCAGUAUGGACUCAACAACAAGAACUCAUAGGAGUGGGGGUAAUUGGUGGCUUACUUAUUUCUGUUGGUGUAUUGUGGAAAUGCCUCAGUGGUAAAGUUGGGGGUAAACAUCCCUGUGAACAAGACUCAGACUUUGAAUAUCCCUCCGAUCCAGAGGCGGAUGCAAGAGAUAGGGCAACCUUGGCAGAGUGUGCUGCUAGAAACUUCCAGCCAAAACCAUAA